AGAAGAGAGAGAGAGAAUAGGUAAGGGUGUGUUUUUGUUUUAGCAAGAAGGAGAGGCCAGGAUUGCUCUCAAAUCUAAAAAGAGAGCAAAAUAAACCCCCCAAACACACCCUUAUCCUAUCUUCUUCUUUCUUUUUUUUUUUGUUUUUGUAAAAGAUUUUCUCAUAUACACUACUCUAUUAUACUACUCUCCUUUUCUCUUAUCUUAUUAUUCUCUCUGUUCUUUCUGGAAAUUAAGUAUAUUUUUCUUCGAUACCCUCCUUUUCUUUUAUUCCUUUCAUAUAUAUAUAAAACUAUAGUUUUCCAAAAAAAAAAAAAAAUCCCUUUAUUCCAAUUAGAAGAGGGAAUCAAAAAAAGAAGAAAGAAAAUGGCUCCAAAAUCAGGUAGAGGUAAGACCAGUAAAUCAAAAGCAGAGUAUAAGAAGAAAAAAGAAGAAAAAGUUGUUCCUAUUGUGCUUGACAUUACAGUGAUAACCCCUUAUGACAAUCAAGUUGUUCUUAAGGGUAUCUCUACUGACAAGAUACUUGAUGUAAGAAGACUAUUGGCUGUGAAUGUAGAAACUUGCCAUCUCACAAACUUUUCACUCUCUCAUGAGGUUAAAGGUCAUAAGUUGAAUGACAAAAUAGAAGUUGCUACACUCAAGCCAUGUUUGCUUAGAAUGGUUCAAGAGGACUAUACGGAAGAAGCCCAAGCUGUGGCCCAUAUCCGACGUUUAUUGGACCUUGUUGCUUGUACGACAAGGUUUACUAAGCCCAAGAGGUCACCAUCAAGCCCAGAUUCGAAGUCAAGGAAAAGUCUCAACAGGCCCAACAGCAAUAAGAGCUCUGGCCCACCAAGAUCGCCGCCGGCGGAGCCGUCGGUUCCGGCGAUUUCAGAGGGGUUUGGGAUGGCAGCCAUACACCCAACGCCGAAGCUUUCCGAAUUUUAUGAUUUCUUCUCUUUCUCUCACCUCUCUCCUCCCGUACUGAAUUUGAGAAGAUGUGAAUGUAUGGAAGAAAGGCGCGAUGGUGAUUAUUUUCAGAUUCAGAUCAAGAUAUGCAAUGGGAAGCAGAUACAAGUGGUGGCAUCAGUCAAAGGUUUUUAUGCAGUGGGAAAGCAAUUCCUACAAAGCCAUUCUUUGGUUGAUCUUCUCCAACAACUUAGCCAAGCUUUUCUCAAUUCUUAUGAGUCCUUGAUGAAAGCUUUUGUUGAACAUAACAAGUUUGGUAAUAUUCCUUAUGGAUUUCGAGCCAAUACAUGGCUUGUUCCUCCAUCAUUUGCUGACUCUCCAUCAUCCACCUUCCAACCUUUACCAACAGAAGAUGAAAAUUGGGGUGGGAAUGGAGGUGGAGAGGGAAGAAAUGGUGAGUAUGAUCAUCAACCAUGGGCAACUGAUUUCGCGAUAUUGGCUAAACUUCCUUGCAAGACUGAGGAUGAGAGAGUGAUCAGAGAUCGCAAAACCUUUCUGCUUCAUAGUAAAUUUGUCGAUGUCUCAAUAUUGAAAGCUACUGAAGCAAUAAGCAGUUUGUUAGAAUCCGAUUCGAGACAGAAUGAGUCCUCAAUUGUGUAUGAGAAUCGUGUAGGGGACUUGUCCAUUACUGUGAAACGUGACUCAACAGAAGUGAGUUCAAAUUCUCAAGUGAAAGUGGUUGAUCAAGUAUCUGGUUUGUCUGUCAAAGAGUUUGCUCAGAAGAGUUUACUCAAGGGACUAACAGCAGAUGAGAGUGUUGUAGUUCAUGAUACUUCUUCCUUGGGCAUUGUCAAUGUCAGACAUUGUGGAUACAGUGCAACAGUUAAAGCUGUUGGCAAUGUGAAUAAAAGAAGGUUUGAGGCUCAAGAAAUUGAAGUUGAUGACCAACCAGAUGGAGGAGCAAAUGCUCUUAAUAUCAACAGCCUGAGAGCUCUGCUUCAAAAACCCACUGCUGAACCUUUGGGAAGUAGCCAAUCUGAUUUGGAUAAUUCAGAAACUUCCAUGAGUCUAGUCAGAACUGUAAUCAAAGAGAGCUUGAAAAGAUCACAGGAAGAGCCUGAAAUUUCUGAAAGGCCUAUUAGAUGGGAAUUGGGUUCUUGUUGGGUUCAACAUCUACAAAAGCAGGAAAAUCAAACAGAUGAUGAUUCAAAAAGUUCUGGGGUUGAACCAGCUGUUAAAGGUCUUGGAAAGCAGUUUAAGUUGCUGAAGAAGAGAGAGAAGAAACCCGGUGACACAAUUAGUAAAGAAGACUCUGAUUCUUGCACUAGCAGCAUGGAAGCUGGGGAGGUAGUGAAUGGGGAGGUUAACAGUGAAGAAUCAUUGAAGAAACUAGUUUCUGAAGAUGCUUACUCGUGUCUCAAAGAAUCUGGAACUGGUCUUCAUCUAAAGACAAUAGAUGAACUUAUGAAGAUGGCACAUAAAUAUUAUGAUGAAGUUGCUCUACCAAAGCUGGUAACAGAUUUCGGGUCACUUGAGCUUUCUCCAGUUGAUGGCCGUACACUGACUGAUUUCAUGCAUUUGAGGGGACUUCAGAUGAGAUCUUUGGGUCGUGUGGUGGAACUUGCAGACAAGCUUCCUCAUAUACAGUCACUUUGCAUUCAUGAGAUGGUGACUAGAGCAUUCAAGCAUGUACUUAAAGCAGUUAUUGCAGCUUCUGUUUACAACCAAUCAGACUUGUCUGAAGCAAUAGCCUCAUCUUUAAAUUUCCUGCUUGGAAAUUCUGAGUCACAAGAAAAUGACCAAAACCCAAGUGGUGAUCAUUCACUCAAGUUGCAAUGGUUGGAAGCAUAUCUAUCAAGAAAAUUUGGUUGGAAACUAAAGGAAGAACUUCCUUACUUGAGAAAGUUUUCAAUUCUUCGAGGACUUUGCCAUAAGGUUGGGUUGGAGUUGGUCCCCAGAGAUUAUGACAUGGAAAGCCCAAACCCCUUCAGAAAAUAUGACAUUGUUAGCUUGGUUCCUGUGUGCAAGCAUGUAGCAUGCUCUUCAGCUGAUGGUCGGAAUUUUCUUGAGUCAUCGAAAGUUGCUCUCGAUAAAGGAAAGCUUGAGGAUGCUGUUAAUUAUGGAACAAAGGCUCUAACGAAGAUGAUAGCUGUUUGCGGUCCCAAUCAUCGUGCUACUGCUAGUGCUUACAGUCUGCUUGCAGUGGUUCUUUACCACACUGGGGAUUUCAAUCAGGCAACUGUAUAUCAGCAAAAGGCUUUGGAUAUUAAUGAGAGGGAGCUUGGGUUAGAUCAUCCAGAUACAAUGAAAAGCUAUGGGGAUCUUUCGGUUUUCUAUUAUCGCCUUCAACAUAUUGAAUUGGCUUUGAAGUAUGUGAAUCGAGCUUUAUUCCUCCUCCAUUUUACCUGUGGACUAUCUCACCCAAACACUGCAGCAACAUACAUUAAUGUGGCUAUGAUGGAAGAGGGCAUGGGCAAUGUUCAUGUUGCUCUGAGAUACCUACAUGAAGCUCUCAAGUGCAACCAAAGACUAUUAGGAGCAGACCACAUACAAACUGCUGCUAGUUAUCAUGCCAUAGCUAUUGCUCUUUCAUUGAUGGAAGCAUAUUCUCUCAGUGUCCAACAUGAGCAAACUACACUUAAAAUACUUCAAGCCAAACUUGGGCCUGAAGAUCUUCGAACUCAGGAUGCGGCUGCAUGGCUUGAGUAUUUCGAAUCAAAAGCUUUAGAGCAGCAAGAGGCAGCUAGAACUGGAACCCCAAAGCCAGAUGCCUUAAUUGCAAGCAAGGGUCAUCUUAGUGUAUCUGAUCUGCUGGAUUUCAUAAGUCCUGAUCAAGAUUCUAAAGGAAGCGACGCACAAAAGAGGCAAAGAAGAGCAAAGGUACUACAGAUUGGUGAUAAGGUCAGUGAAGAACAUCAAGUGCCAAUAGCUGACAAUGACACACCAAAUGAUGUAGUGGAUAAUAGCAUAGAGAAAGAGGAUGAUACGAAAGUUAACUCAGUUAACGCGCCUCUUCCUCCUCCUUCUCCUCCUCAAGAGCUAGAAGAAAAUGACGGGUUUAUAGCGCCUAGCGAAGUUGUGGAAGAAACAACUUCAGAUGAAGGGUGGCAAGAAGCAAGUUCAAAGAGCCGUUCAGGGAACACUGCUACCGGUAGAAAGUUUGGACGUAGAAAACCAGCUCUUUCAAAGCUUAAGUUACAGAAUGAACAUUCAAAGUCUAGAGAAAACAGAAAUGGGAAGGUGAUCAAUUCGCCAUCUCAGAAAGUGAUCCCCAAGUCUACUACUAUUCCUACUGAGCUUUCUUCACAGAAACAAACAAGGGUAAGAGCUUCUGUAUCUAAAGUUUCUUCCUCACCAACCACUCAUAGUACCAUGGCUUCAAAAUCUCUAUCUUACAAGGAAGUAGCUUUGGCACCACCUGGAACGGUUCUAAAGCCAGUGUUUGAUAAAGAAGAAGAGAUAACAGUUGAGAAACCAGAAACCAAAACACCAAGUGUUGUUCCACCAGAGACACCAUCAUCAGAGACUGAAGAAAGUAAAAGCAACUCUGUAGUUGAAGCAAUCACAAAGAGUGAAACAGAAGAAGAAACUGUUGCUAGUGAGACUCAUAGAGAUAACAAAACUGAACAAGAAGAAGUUGAAGUUGAAGAUGAAAAAUCAAAAGAUAAAAAUGGAAGCAAACUUUCUGCAGCAGCUGAGCCAUUCAAGCCAGCACCAGUAACCAUGUCUCACCCCUUAAGCUCAGUACCUGCCACAAGUGUUUAUGAUGUAAGAGUCAGUCAAGAAAUGCUUGCAGAGCCAGUAGUUCCUCCUGUGGCUGCUAGAGUACCUUGCGGGCCAAGGUCGGCGUUGUAUUACAGAACCAACUAUUCUUUCCACAUGAGAAGAGACUUUCUCAAGUUUCCAAACCCCACAUUGGAAAGAAUUGGAUCAGGGCCUCAAAGAAUCAUGAACCCCAAUGCACCUGAGUUUGUACCAAGAAGAGCAUGGCAAACUGACCCUGUAGGAGGGGUCCCAACCGAUUCGAAUUCAUCAAUUGAAAUUACACUGCAAGAGGCUGUGAAAUCCAAUGGUGAAGCUACUAAAGAGAGUGGUAAAAAGAUCAUAUCAGAGUCUGAAAAAUCAGAGCUUGCAAGGCAAAUUCUACUUAGCUUCAUUGUCAAGUCUGUUCAACAUAACAUGGACUCUCCAAGUGAGUCUGGAAACAGUGGGAAGAAAAAGUUUAAGCAAAACUCAGAUGCAAUAGAAAACGACAGUGCCAUUAUAAAGAUUGAGUAUGGAAAUGAAGGGAAGAAUACAACAAACGACAUGGUUUCAGAAUCAAGUGAUUCUUCUUCUGAUGUAAAUAUGAAAAAUGGAGAUGGUGAAGGAUUUAUAGUAGUGACAAAGAGAAGGAAAAACAAGCAACAGUUCAGUAAUGGAGUGAAUGGUUUGUACAAUCAAACAACCAUAUGUGCUUCUGUUCGUUGAAGAUAUUAUUAUAGAUAAUAAUAAUAGUGAGUAGUGAGUGAGUUUUAUUUUUCUCUCUUAAUUUUCUUCUUCUUUUUUUUUCACCAAUAAAGCUUUUCGGCAUGCAAUGCAAGUUCUCACUUUCACAUUUUGACAAUGUAAAAAAGUAUGACAAUAGAGAGGAAUUUUCAAGUCUCAAGUCA